AUGCCGUGUAGUGGUGCCGACACUUCGAGUUGCGAUUGCACGGAGUUUGAGUUUGGUGGUACCAAUGGGACUUGCAACUCUUGUGGUUGUCCUGUAAACUGGCACUCGAAACAAGCGGGAGGGACAAAGCAAGAGAAUAAGAAGUACGUUCACGUGCCUCGACCAAUGAGAAAUGUGUCCAUUGAGCCUGUAUCAGAGACAACGUGUCGAUGUGUGAAUGAUGACAAUGGUGUCAUUCCCCGGAAGCCACCGGAACCCCCCUUCCACCUCAGCCACCUCACAGCACCCUCCCCCAUCAUCCUUACCACUACCGUUACCAGCCCAUCUCACUACUCUUCCCGUCCGUCUGCGCCAACGCACUGACAUCGUUCCUCAACAAACUUCUGCACAAACAUGUCGUAAUCGCACGGCAUGCAUGCGCGAACACAUGGUCCAAGUGCUUCCUUCUCCACACACACACACACUCUCUCUCUCUCUUACCUACCUCGGACCCUUGAUGAUCUACACCGCACCGCACCACACCAAACCAACCCCGAUCCCCUUCUUAUGUCAGACACACACACACAUAUAUAUAUAUACACGAUCUGCAAUGCAAUGCAGUCAGUCCGACUGGCAUCAGCAGCACUUGAACAAAAGACGCAAGUUUACGCACAAACCACCAUCAUAGGUAUGGGGCCGCGGUCCUCAAAACGAGGCUGGGGCUGUGCAGUGCUGACUGAUUAACGUAAUCCAAGAAAAAAAGGAUAAUAAAAGUGGAGGAGGAGAGGUUAAGUUGACUUCAUGUCUUCUGCUUUAUAUUCCACCACUUAGUUAACCUCCAUUACGAUUACCUACAGCCAUGAUGAUUCAUCAUUGCUAGCUUCCUCCAUUGUGUGACUUGCAUGACCCCUCACGUUCGUGGCGCACUGUAGCGUUGCACAAGGUCGGUUCAGGGAAGCUUGAUCGAGGCUACUGCUCGAAUGUCCGCGUUCGCGCAAACGGCAUCAUAGCAGCAAGGGCAGGAGCAGACAAAGAGUAAGAGAUGUAUAGUCACUGAUGAAACAAGAGAUGAU